AUGUCUUCCUUUACACGAGCCAUCCGGCCAGCCCUCCAGGGCGGUCGCCGCGUCCUCCUCGCCCAGCGCCUUCCCGCGACCCAGGCCCUCGCCCGUCCUGUCGCCGCCGCAGCACUCCGCUCCCUCUCCACUACGGCUCCCCGCCUCAGCAGCGUCGACAUCUCCGAGAUCCCCCCCACGCCCAUCACGCACCUCUCCGAGGUCGAGACGGCCAUGGCCGACACCGUCUCCAAGUUUGCCACCGAGGUGGUCCUCCCCAAGGCGCGCGACAUGGACGAGGCCGAGGCCAUGGACCCCACCGUCGUCGAGCAGCUGUUUGAGCAGGGCCUCAUGGGCAUCGAGAUCCCCGAGGAGUACGGCGGCGCGGGCAUGAACUUUACCGCCGCCAUCAUCGCCAUCGAGGAGCUCGCGCGCGCCGACCCCUCCGUGUCCGUCAUGGUCGACGUCCACAACACGCUCUGCAACACGGCGCUCAUGAAGUGGGGGUCCGAGGCGCUCAAGAAAAAGUACCUCCCCAAGCUGGCCACCAACACGGUCGCCUCCUUCUGCCUCUCGGAGCCCGUUUCCGGCUCCGACGCCUUUGCCAUGGCCACGCGCGCGACCGCGACCGCCGACGGCUACAAGAUCAACGGCUCCAAGAUGUGGAUCACAAACUCGAUGGAGGCCGGCUUCUUCAUCGUCUUUGCCAACCUCGACCCCAGCAAGGGCUACAAGGGCAUCACCGCCUUCAUCGUCGACAAGGACACGCCCGGCUUCAGCAUCGCCAAGAAGGAGAAGAAGCUCGGCAUCCGCGCCAGCUCCACCUGCGUCCUCAACUUUGACGACGUCGUCGUCCCCAAGGAGAACCUGCUCGGCAAGGAGGGCGACGGCUACAAGUACGCCAUUGGCAUCCUCAACGAGGGCCGCAUCGGCAUCGCCGCGCAGAUGACGGGCCUCGCCCUCGGCGCCUUUGAAAACGCCGUCAAGUACGUCUGGAACGACCGCAAGCAGUUUGGCGCCCUCGUCGGCGAGUUCCAGGGCAUGCAGCACCAGAUUGCGCAGAGCUACACCGAGAUCGCCGCCGCGCGCGCCCUCGUCUACAACGCCGCCCGCAAGAAGGAGGCCGGCGAGGACUUUGUCCGCGACGCCGCCAUGGCCAAGCUCUACGCCUCGCAGGUCGCGGGCCGCGUGUCCGGGCUCGCCGUCGAGUGGAUGGGCGGCAUGGGCUUCGUGCGCGAGGGCCUCGCCGAGAAGUUUUGGCGCGACUCCAAGAUUGGCGCCAUCUACGAGGGCACGAGCAACAUUCAGCUCAACACCAUUGCCAAGCUCCUCCAAAAGGAAUACACUGCGUAA